AUGGAGCAAACAUUCGGCAAGGACUCAUCGAAAGACGACUGCUACUUCCACGCUCCGCAGACGUCUGCGACAACUGCGAUUUGCGUCAUGUUGACUCCUCUUUCCCAGCUCCUCGUGUCCGACACGGUUAAGCUGGCAUUCGUGCCGAGCCUCAUCGUUGUGAACGAAAGUGACGUCUCGGCAAUGGCUAUCAUAUCGACGAAUAUCGCUGAUAGGUCAUGCACGCGAUCCCAAUUUAUGGAAGCAGGGACUUUAUCACACAAACUAGAAGAAGCUUCUCAUUCAUCAUAA